CACGUUACACAAGCAGUUUCGUAAACAUUUCAAAGCAUAAACCGUGUAAGGUGGCGAGCCAGGUAAUAUACCAAACGACGUCAGAUCAUCUCCAUCACUGCAGACUGAUAGAGCUGUCAGGUCAAAGUGAUGUGGGGCUCAUAUGUGUUGCUUCUUCUGGUCGGGCUCUGGCAUUCCCACGCCCAGAGCUCUAAGCCCAUGCUUCAGGUAGUAACACAGACAAUGCUUCCUCCCGAUAGUCUGCACAAUCCCACACAACUCAAUUAUGGGAUGGCAGUAACAGACGUGGAUGGUGACGGUGAUCUGGAGGUGGUUGUGGCCGGGUAUAAUGGGCCUAACCUGGUGCUGAAGUAUGAUCGCAAUAAAAACAGGCUGGUUAACAUUGCUACUGAUGACACUAACUCUCCAUACUACGCUCUGAGGGACCAGGCAGGAAACGCGAUUGGAGUUGCAGCCUGUGAUGUGGAUGGAGAUGGACGUGAGGAGAUAUACUUCCUCAACACAAACAAUGCUUACUCUGGACGUGCAACUUAUUCAGACAAGCUCUUCAAAUUUCGGAAUGGCCGAUUUGAAGAUCUUCUGAGCGACGAGCUCAAUGUACGUCGUGGCGUCGCUAAUGGCAUGGCAGGACGUUCAGUUGCAUGUGUUGACAGAAAGGGAACAGGCCGUUACUCAAUCUAUGUGGCCAACUACGCAAGUGGCAACAUUGGUCCUCACGCUCUCUUAGAAAUGGAUGAAGCUGCCAGUGAUGCGACCAAGGGUAUCAUUGCUCUGUCGGAUGUGGCUUCUGAGGCCGGGGUUAACAAGUUCACAGGUGGCCGUGGUGUGGUGGUUGGGCCGAUCCUCAGCCAGUCGAGGUCGGAUGUCUUCUGCGACAAUGAGAAUGGACCCAACUUCCUAUUCAAGAAUAACGGCGAUGGGACUUUUGUUGAUAUAGCCAGACAGUCAGGUCUGGAGGACCGGUACCAGCAUGGGAGAGGAGUAGCACUGGCUGACUUUAAUGGUGAUGGAAAGACGGACAUUGUUUACGGCAACUGGAACGGCCCACACAGACUUUUCCUGCAGGGCAGCGACUCUAAAUUCCGGGACGUAGCUACUGGAGGAUUUGCUGCUCCCUCACCUGUUCGCACAGUCAUCGCUGCAGACUUUGACAAUGACAAAGAGCUGGAUGUGUUUUUUAACAAUAUUGCUUACAGAGGCAACGCCCCCAACAGGCUGUUCAGGGUUUCAAGGAGAGCUGAUGGUGACCCUUUAAUCCAGGAGCUGAAUGUGGGGGAUGCUGCAGAGCCACAGGGGCGAGGAACAGGUGGCACUGUGACAGACUUGGAUGGGGACGGACAGCUGGACUUGCUGCUGGCACAUGGAGAAAGUGCCCAACAGCCAAUCUCUGUCUUCAAGGUCACACAGGGCUCGUCCAACAACUGGCUGCGGGUCAUCCCUCGCACUCAGUUUGGCUCUUUUGCCCGUGGAGCCAAAGUAACAGCCUUCACCAGAGAGAGUGGAGCUCACAUGCGCAUCAUUGAUGGAGGCUCGGGGUACCUGUGUGAGAUGGAGCCCGUCGCACACUUUGGUUUAGGAAAUGAUGAGGUGACGGUACUGGAGGUCUCCUGGCCCGACGGCAGCUCCAUCACUCGAACCCUUCAACCUGGUGAAAUGAACUCAGUGGUGGAAGUAGUCUAUCCAAAAGAAGGGGAAAUGACUGUGGUUGCCAAUGACACACAGUGUGGUAAAGGUUUUACUGUCAAGAAUGGCCGCUGUGCAGGUCUGUGACGAUUAUCAUAUAAAAAAAUGCAAUACGUAAGUGCAGUAGAGAAUGCAAUAAUGUAACAGAACACUUGGUUUUAGAAUAUUUUUGUCUGUGCUUUAAGUUCUUUACUCCGUGAGUAUUUUAAAUAUUUCUCUGUUUCUAAAUUUUUCUAAUUCUCUUUAACUGUUCAUUAUUUACUUACCGCUGCUGCGAAGUUGUCAUUUUCUGUGUGCCAUUGUACACUGCUUAAAUAAAUUGCUACAAAUCAA